UUCUUCUUUCAAUCUUCUCUCUCUAUAACUUCCCCGCCGAUUCUCUCCUUCUCUGCUCCCAUCUUCAAACACGAUUGUUCUCUGCAAUCUCUCCUCACAUGUUAACAAUCCACCACUUAAUGGUGGAAAUACAUGAGAAUCUCGUGAAUACAUAUACCAAACAGCAUGCAUUGCAUUCUAAUUUUUGAAAGUUGAAGAAACACACUCUUUUUAAUGGCGGAUGGAAUGUUGGCAGAGGAGGACGCGCUAGGCAAGAGUCCGAACGACAUGGAUUUGGCCUCAAGAAAAGCAGAAGAAGCUUCAUUGAGAAGAUAUGAUGCUGCCGGAUGGUUGAGGAAGAUGGUAGGUGUGCUUACAGCAAGGGAUUUGUCUGGUCAGCCCUCCGAGGAAGAUUUUCGACUUGCUUUGCGAAGUGGUAUUAUACUUUGCAAUGCAUUAAACAUGAUUCAGCCAGGCGCCGUGCCUAAAGUAGCCGAGGCACCUUCAGGUAGUGUGAUUGUUCCGGAUGGGGCUGUUUCGGCCUUUCAAUAUUUCGAGAAUGUUAGGAACUUUCUUAAUUCUGCAGAGGAAAUAGGGAUCCCAGUGUUUGAAGCUUCUGAUCUGGAACAGGGAGGGAAGAGUUCUAGAAUUGUGAAUUGUGUGUUGGCCCUCAAGUCUUACUGUGAAUGGAAGGAAGGAGGUGGCAAAGGAGUGUGGAAAUUUACUGGAACUUGGAAGCCUCAUUCGGCAUCCAAGAAAUUUGUCAGAAAGAGUUCUGGUCAACAUGCGAAUCCACUCUCGAGGACCUCAUCCAUUGUUGAGCAGAACAGUCAGGACUUUAAUGAAAUGGGUACACCUGAUGACUUGCACUUAUUUGUGCGCGGGCUUCUUUCUGGUAAGAAGCAAGAAGAUGUCCCUCUGAUUGUUGGGAGUAUACUAAGCAAAGUUAUGGAACAAUUUGAACAGCAGUUAGCAAGGCAAAAUGAGCAGGCUGGAGCAAGUUCGAUAUGUGUGGAUGUCCCAAGUUCUGACCAGCAUCAAGUUGUCGAGAUUGGAACAAGUUCAAGCGACACGGAUGUUCCAAGUUCCUACGCGCCUUCUGAGGCCUCAAACAAUACGAAAGAUAAGAGUUGGUCCAGGAAUGAUUUGCAUGAUGGCAAUCCAAAACGACUUGGUUCCAGGUGUCAUGACUUGGUUGAAUACUAUCAAAGAAGCGUACAGGAACUCAAAAGUACACUUCACUCGACAAAGGAAGACCUGCAUUUUCUACACAUGAAGUAUCAAGAAGAAAUCCAAUAUUUAGGUAAACACUUGAAUGGUCUUGCUGGUGCGGCUUCUCGAUACCAGAAGGUUCUUGAGGAGAAUCGCAAACUAUAUAAUCAAGUGCAGGACCUCAAAGGGAAUAUAAGGGUAUAUUGCCGAAUACGACCUUUUUUGCCGGGGCAGCUACCUGGUUUGAGCACUGUGGAAGCUCUGGAUGGGCAGACUAUCUCAAUAAUCACUCCUGCAAAAAAUGGCAAGGGAAAAAAGUUGUUCACUUUCAACAAAGUUUUUGGUCCAUCUGCCAGCCAAGAAGGAGUAUUUUCAGAUACACAGCCGCUGAUUCGUUCUGUGCUUGACGGGUAUAAUGUUUGCAUAUUUGCUUAUGGCCAAACUGGUGCAGGAAAAACAUAUACUAUGACUGGCCCUAAGGAACUUACACCCGAAAGCUUAGGUGUAAAUUACCGAGCUCUGAGUGAUUUAUUUGCCAUCUCUAAGCAGAGAAAAGACAGCAUGUCGUAUGAUGUCUCUGUCCAGAUGAUAGAAAUCUACAACGAGCAAGUUAGAGACCUCCUCGUCUCUGAUGGUGUCAAUGAAAAAUUAGAAAUCCACAACAGCUCCCAGAACGGUAUCAACCUACCAAAUGCAAAUAUUGUGCCUGUUUCAUCGAUAUCUGAUGUCAUCGAGCUGAUGAACAUUGGGCUUAAAAAUCGUUCAGUUGGUUCCACUCCAAUGAAUGACCGAAGUAGUCGCUCUCACAGUUGCGUGACUGUUCAAGUUCAAGGAAGAAAUCUGACAUCUGGUUCGAUUACUCAUGGUAGUAUGCAUCUGGUUGACCUGGCAGGAAGCGAACGAGCUGAUAAAACUGGUGCGGUUGGUGACAGGUUGAUGGAGGCUCAACAUAUUAACCAUUCCCUAUCUGCUUUAGGCGACGUGAUAGCCUCUCUUGCCCAAAAGCAAUCGCAUGUACCUUACAGAAACAGUAAGCUCACGCAACUGCUUAAAGAUUCCCUAGGGGAUCAGUCAAAGACUCUAAUGUUCAUUCACAUCAGCCCUGAACCCGAUGCUCUUGGAGAAACAUUUAGCACGUUGAAGUUUGCUGAACGUGUGUCUACUGUCGAGCUUGGUGCUGCUAGAGCAAACAAAGAUAGUCCGGAUGUCAGAGAACUAAAAGAACAGAUAGCUAAUCUUAAAGCAGCCUUGUUUCGGAAAGAGAGUGGAUCCAUGAAUGGAUCUGUUACGUCUUCUCCAGCGCCAUCUUGGAAAAGUAUAGGAGAUGUUAGUAAGGGAGAGGGACAGACCGAGUCCCUAGCAGGAUCCAGAAUGCAAAGCUUUGAUGGUGUGGACUUUAUGGCUUCUCCCAUUAGUGUGGUGUCAACAGAAGAUGAAAGAAGCGUCUCUGGGGAUUGGAUUGAUAAGGUUAUGGUGAAGAGCCACUUAGGUGAAGAUGGCGGUCAUUCACCAGAUAUAGUGUAUCAGAUUAGUAGACGUGAUACUUCCAAGGUAUAUCCGGAACAGUCUCUGAGCAAAAUUGCAACUCUAAGACGAGACAACAGUUCGGGUAGGAUUCAAUUUGAGGGUGCAGAGGCCAGUGAUGAAUUAGAAUACACAGAAAUAGAAGCUAGUGAUGAAUCAGGUUACCAAUGCCAAACAAAUGGUGCUAAGCAAAAAGGAGGAGGAGGAGGAACAAAAGCCAAGAAACCUACUCCAAAUCAAAGGCAGAUGAAAAGCCCAGAAAUAAGGAGCCUGAUUCCCCAACCACCAACGAGGAAAGUCGGGAAUGGAUCUCAUUCACCAUUGAAUAAAAAUGGAAAGAAACCAGCUACGGUCGAUGGGAGGCGAAAGCCGACCUCCACGGGUGGGAAGUGAUGUCUUGCACAGGAUGCAUCUGUGUUUUUCUGUUUAUAUGCAUUCAUGGAUUGGAAUGUGUUCACAGAAAUGGCAAUGCCAAUGCCAAUGCAAUGCUUCUCAUUGUCAAGUUCUUGUUUUCCAUUUAUUUACUUUUUUUAAAUCCCACAGAUGUGUGUUGGCGGUGUAUACAAGGGUUUGAUUUUUGUUCUCUUUGUAUAUUGUUUUUCAUUCUUUUUUGUAAUUGUAAUUCUUUCACUGUACAAGAAGAGAGAACAUGGCAUAUUGAAAGAAGUUUAUACCGUAGUUAUUUGCA